AUGUCGCUUUUAUCAAGACAAGGAACAAUGGUCCGUAAGAACCGGAACUCAAUUAAGAGAUCUAUCCGGAGAAAACCCACCUCCAUUAAAAGAGAGUCGCCUGCUCCCCCCGUAAAGACCCCGCCAGUCAUAUCAGGGAUACAGAAGGAGCACCCCCAGGCAUCCCCUGCCAGGAGUGUGGCCAGCACAAUCGUGUCAUUUGACGAUGAAAGACGCCUAUGGAACACGUCUGUUGAUUGGCGGACAACCGGAGGUCAAGGGGUAGAUGCAAGUUAUAGUUCUGUUCUCCUUCAGCUAAAAGAAGCCAGCCAUGAUUCUAACAACACUUGUCAAUUUCUGUCACGUAGCAAAAACAUUAUCUGCCAUACAGUAUUUAUUACAGUACUGGUGGGUGUGUCGUUGACGUUACCAGUUGCCAUGAUUUUUUUAGGUGUGAAAUACAUUAAUGACUGUCCAAUUAAGCGCAGCGUUCCUAUUUACCUGCUUGUGGGAGGAUGUUGCGGAAUUUUAAGGAUCCUCGCUACAAUGUGGCGAAACAUGCAGUACAGACGACAACUCGAUUCCUAUUACGAUUCAUACGUACACGAAGGUUUAUACGUAUCUCAAACCUACAGAUUCAUGGACGUGACGCUCACCUUGUUUCUGAUUGGCUGGCUGGUCACCGGAAGUCACUGGGUGUUCGAAGUGUGGGAGCCGCCAUAUUCUCAGCCGCUUCAUGAGCCCAGUAAUUGGUGCGAUAGGACAGUGUAUAGAUUUGCUGUGUAUCAAAUCAUAGGAUCGUAUUGUUUCCUGUUUAUCGUUCUAACAGCUAGCUGUGUUUUGACAAUUUACUAUAAAGCUUGUAGUUGAAAAUAUGACAAGCAUUCUUUUUAAUUUUAUUUAUUUAAAUUUAAUUAUUCAUU